AAUCUAUCUUUCCAUCAUUUCUUUCACCCGAUCACCCUUCCUCCAUGAGCAGCUAACAAUGGGGUUUACCGUUCCCUUCGUUUAGCAGUCUGCGUGAAGCUGUGAAGAUUCCACUGCUUCAGAAUUCCGCCUUGUAAUUGUUUCGCUGCUCUAGUGUAGCACCAUCGUAGAGAGCUUACGAAAUACUGUACUAGUACGUUUUCCUUUGACGGUGGCGUACUUGCUGAUAAAUCGGUCAUUUUUUUAGAGGCAGAUAAAUCGGUCAUUAAUGUGUAAGAAAGUUGACGCGGCGGCCCACUGUUCCGUGGACCGUGGGCCGAAGCUGAAACCCUGCCUGCGGCUGCAAUGGAGGCGCCCGCCGAGCCGGCGGUGGCCGCGGCGGCUGCGGCCGAGGGCGGAGAUGACGACGGGAGGGGGCGGAAGGGAAGCUGGUACGCGGUGGGGGAGCGCGCGGUGCUGGUGCCGUACCUGCGUGAGCACGUCCCGCGGUACCACGAGUGGAUGCAGGACCCGGCGCUGCUGGAGGCCACCGCGUCGGAGCCGCUCUCCCUCGCCCAGGAGUUCGAGGUCCAUCGCUCCUGGACCCUCGACCCUCUCAAACACACUUUCAUAGUGCUGGAUAAGGAGUUGAUCGAGGGAGACUUCGUGGUCGGGAACCCACACACCGAAGCUAUGAUUGGCGAUGUCAACAUCUAUAUGAAUGACCCUGAUGAUUUGGAACUUGCGGAGAUAGAGAUUAUGAUAGCUGAACAAAAGAGCCGUGGAAAGGGACUAGGUCAAGAAGUGACCUUAAUGAUGAUGUCGUUUGCAGUAGAGAAAUACGGAAUUCACACUUUCAGAGCAAAAAUUAGUGACUCAAAUACUGCAUCGUUAAAGCUCUUCAGAAAAUUGGGCUUCAAGGAUGCUUCCCACAGUGCAGUUUUUAAGGAGGUGACAUUGGAGGCGCCUGCAGCUGAACUCCCGUUGAGCUCUCCUCUGACCAUAGGAAGCUGGUGACAUCUGAUUAUGUGUCCCAAGUUGUGCUGCAGUGGACAUGCAUCAGUGGCUGGUCUUCACCAAAGUACCAAACUGAUACAGGCUAAUUGUGUGCGGUAUCGGCACACUCAUGCUGAUGAGUACUGCCUUCAUCUGGCUACAAUUGCUUCAGGCAAUUGCGUAUAAAGAUAUACUCCCUCUGUCCCAAAAUAAGUGACGCAAAUUUAGUAUUAAGUUAGUACAAAUUUUAUAGUAAAGCAGCGACACUUAUUUUGGAACGGAGGGAGUAUAUAGCAAUAAUAGGAAGAACCCUGUGUUGGGUUCCUGAGCAGUUGAGGUGGCGCCUGAUGUUUUGAGGUGAAAUGUUGCAAGUUCAGAACAAUUUACCAUGGCAGCAUAUGGAACAAGUUACAGUAAUCAGGAACUGUAGACGGGUAUAUGAAUCGUUAAUGAGACGGUACACAUUGUUCUGAGGCA